AUGGACUCCAACAGUAACGGGCCGGGCUCUUUUGAGUCCGACGAGACCUUCGUUCUCGUAACAGGCACAAACAGCGGCCUCGGGUUCUCCAUCUGUUGUCGCACAAUUGACGAAUUCCUCACAACGCGCCCAGAAUCCAAGUGCCUAACACUUCUCUUUACCACCCGCAGCGCCAAAAAGAGUGCCGAAACCCUCUCCCUCCUCCAAGCACACCUUAAUAAAUCUGCUGCCAAAUACGCAACGUCCAAGAACCGCGUCACGCUCAAACCGGAAAAUGUUGACCUGGCCAAUUUGCUGUCGGUGCGUGCCUUGUCACGUCGGUUGCGGGCCUCACUCCCGAAGCUGGACGCCGUCAUCCUGAACGCUGGUACUGCUGGGUUCACCGGCAUCAAUCUCUUCAAGGCGUUAUAUCUUACCUUGACAGACCUCGUGAACACAGUCACAUACCCGUCGGCAUUUACACUCACCUGUUCAGGGGUUCUCGUCAAAAAACAAACCUCGCAGCCCGAUGAGCCUCCGCUGGGAGACAUCUUUUGCUCGAAUGUGUUUGGACACUACAUGCUCAAUCAUGCAUUGAUGCCCCUUCUUUCCGCCUCUGAAACCUCCCCGGGUCGCAUCAUCUGGAUAUCCAGCAUCGAAGCAACAAGCAAAAAUUUCGAUCUCUCAGACUUCCAAGCGCUCAAUACCCGAUCCGCCUACCAGGCUUCCAAGCACCUUACGGACGUCCUCGCUCUGACCUCAGAGCACCCCAGCUCUUCGCCGUGGGUUGACACCUUCUUAUCCGUGUCGAAAACUACCACUGCUACGAAACUACAGCAGAAUGGAACCGCACACCACGCCCCUACCAUCUCACGCCCAAAACCGAGCAUUUACGUCGCCCACCCAGGCAUCUGUGGCACGGCCAUCAUGCCCCUCAUUUUCCCCCUCUUCUACGCCAUGAUCGCUGUAUUCUGGCUCGCCCGCAUGUUCGGGUCCCCCUGGCACACUAUCUCAACCUACAGUGGCGCCUACGCGCCAGUCUGGCUAGCGCUCUCGCCCAAGCCUGUCUUGGAUGCGGCUGAGGAUGUCUAUGCGCGAUUAGGUGGCGGGAAACCAAAAUGGGGAUCAUCCUGUGACAGACUGGGUCGGAUAAGCGCCGUGUGUACGGAGGUGGAUGGUUGGGGUUAUGGCGGCGUGGUUGGUCCUGCUGUGUUGGAGGAGGACAAGAGGCGGAGGAGGAAGAUUGGUCCUAUUGGCAAGACACAUUUGGGGUUGUCGACUGUCAACGCGGUCCGUUGCCUCUCACAUUUCCAUGCUCUGUUGCCCCUACCUACCCGUCCUACGCUGUUUAACUAUACUCUCGUAUUCAUUUUCCCAGUAUGGAAACGUGGAGAAAUUGGCGAGGCCCUGAACAUUACACAGGCAGUCAAAGUGGAAUAA